AUGGAGACUCCUCAAGACAGCCGCCAACCUUCCCAAAGGCCUCUGAGUCUGGGUGCUGAGAAUGACCAGGAACAACAACAUGGUGGGAAUGCGGUGGUCUCCCGGGCUGGAGAGGAAGGAGGAGACAAGAAAGGGCUUGUGCUGAGCGGGUUUGCUCAGGGUGGGCUUGAUCAGGGUGAACGCACUGAGCGCGAGGUCGCUGGAAGCAAGCGUGUUCAAGAAGAGCCUGCUCAGUGCAGUCUCCCUCAGGAAGCCGCAGGAGUAGGAGAGGAGGGAGGAAAGAAGGAAGAAGAAAUGGAAGGAAGGCAUGAUGGCGAUGGGGCUUCUAGCUCCGAGGAUGAUGAUCUCAAUAUCCGGCAAGAAGAUCGCCAAAGCAACAGAGAUCAACAACAACCUGAGCCAGCGGCACCCAUUCCUGAGCUGAUCAGGAAUGACCUCAAUCAACAGGCUGGGAAUUGUCUGGCUCAUCAGCGAAACCGCCGUACCAGGUUCACCCACUCUCAGCUGCAUGACUUGGAGCGUCUUUUCCAGGAGACUCGCUUCCCCAGCUUGCGAGUAAGGAGGGAUCUUGCACGCUGGAUGGGUGUGGAUGAAUCUGAUGUGCACGAUUGGUUUAAGAUGAGACGAUCUCUUUUCCGGAGACACAGCAGACUGCUGAUGUUCUGUGAACCGCCACAGGUUCCUGAGAGCGACUCUCCCUGA